GGAGGACACGCGCCGGGGGCUGGGAAGGGGCGAGCACCCUCACGCCGCUCCGCGCUCUGGGCUUCGGCGAGCGGUCCCCGGGGGCCGACCCCGCCCGCGGUGCUGGCAGGAGCUGACGACCGAGGCGGCGGUGGCGGCUGGGACGACACCACGGAGUGGAGGCCGAGCCGAGCGGAGCCCCGGCCCCGGCCCCUUCCCCGCCCGCGCGUCCGUCAGGCCUCCAGCUGCGCCCGCGCCGCACGUGAGCCCCGAGCCUCGGAGACAUGAGCACCCGACAGCCCCACGCACCCCAGGCGCAGCGGCCCGACCCCGCGGCCCGGUGAUGGGCUCCUGCGUGUCGCGAGAUCUGUUCACAAGGGCCCACAAGGACUGCCCCCUGCCUCGGGGCACAGACCCCCUGAGCCCAGACUUGCCCUCCAGCCGCCCACCCACCAUGGCUCCAGACCAUGUCACUGGCAAGGACAAACAGAUGGAUUUCUGUUGGGAUCCUUGGCAGAGGUGCUUCCAGACCACUAACGGCUACCUGUCCGACUCCAGAUCCUGCUCCAGCAACUACAACGUGGCAGCCUUGGCCACCUCGUCCCUUGUGGGGGUGGUACAGAGCAUCAAGGACCACAUCACGAAGCCCACGGCCAUGGCGCGUGGCCGCGUGGCCCACCUCAUCGAGUGGAAAGGCUGGAGCGCCCAGCGGUCGGGCUGGGCGCUGUCCCCAGCCGAGGACGAGCAUUACUGCUGCCUCUCAGAUGAGCUUCGUGAGGCCCGCUUUGCUGCAGGGGUCGCUGAGCAGUUUGCCAUCACAGAGGCCACACUGAGCGCCUGGUCCUCGCUGGAUGACAAGGAGAUGCACACCGAGAACAGCCCCCAGGACACCGUCCAGCUGCAGGACCUGGAGAGCACCUACCUUGAGGACGGUCUUCCGAGCAGCCCCUCACAAGAUGACAGUCUUCUGGCCAUCUCGUCCCCUGGCCUCUCCCCUGAUGGUUGGCCCUCCCCCGAGGAGCCCCCUGUCGUGGCUGCUGCCCCGCAACCCCCCAGCCCUGAACAGCAGCAUAGGCAGCGGCUGCCAGGAGGCCCAGGGCCCGAGGGUGGGACCGGCCUACAGGGCUCCGUCCCCUCAGUGGACAGCGGCUCCCUCUCGGAGGAGGAGGAUGAAGUGUUCUAUAACUGAGGCGGGUCUGUGGCCUGGAUCCUGCUCACA